AUGAGCGCGGCGGCGGGCGGGCUGCGGCGGCUGCUGGCGGCGGCGGCGACGGCGGGGGCCGCGGAGGUGCGGGCAUCCAUCUUCGGCCACGCGCUGAACCCUACGGGGAAGCGCGCGGCGACGAAGCUUCUGCGGAAGAAGAUGGUCGGCGACCAGGUGGCGCAGUGGUACCCCUACGACAUCAAGCGCGACGACCCGCUCGUCAUGGCGCGCGAGGAGAAGGAGCGUCUGGCUAAGCUGGAAAUGCUGAAGCGUCGUGGCAAGGGCCCGCCAAAGAAGGGCCAGGGAAGGCGUGCUGUCAAGAGAAGCAAAUAG